CCUAUGACCCGACCUAUGACCUCUAACCUUUGAGAUCAGCGAAGAGGAAGCCAUGUAAGUAAAGACAGUAAUGAAGGAAGAGGAGCAGAUAACAGGCGUGUGAAUGAACGUGUGACCAAGAACUUAUUAACAAAGUAUCUUUAAUUGACUAGAAUUACAGAUUAUUUGGACGUGACAUUGAACUUCGACAAUGGCGUCUGCUAGCACUAAGAAUACACAGAGCCGGUAUGAAGAUGUUUCGAAGAAAAGCAAAGGCAAUGAAAAGGAUUUGAAAAAAAUGAAUCGUGUUUUCUUUAUUGUGUUCAUCUCCCUUGUUUUAGAUCUGUUGGCAUUCACAGUGAUUCUACCAUUACUGCCAUCCAUAUUAGAUUACUAUGGUAGUAAUGAUAAAGUGGGAUUAUAUACAUAUUUAAAAACAUCAGUCAGUAACUUUAGAGAAUUAGUUGGUGCACCGGACACUCCAAGAUGGAAUUCUGUCCUGUUUGGUGGAUUAAUUGGUUCCUUGUUUUCAUAUUUGAAUUUUUUGAGUGCUCCUGUUAUUGGUGCUGCUAGUGAUAUUUAUGGUAGAAAACCAUUGAUGUUAUUGAGUAUGGUGGGAGUGGCAGCAUCCUAUGCAUUAUGGGCAAUAUCAUCUAAUUUUACGUUAUUUGUACUAGCUCGUAUUAUUGGUGGAAUUAGUAAAGGAAACGUCAGUUUAAGUACGGCCAUUGUUACUGAUGUCUCAACUCCUGAAAAACGUGGAAAAGGAAUGGCAUGGAUAGGAGUGGCAUUUUCAGUAGGUUUUGUGUUUGGACCAACCAUUGGUGCUAUUUUUUCUAUAUAUGGUAAAUCCAGUGGAGGAUCUAUCUUUUUACUUCCAGCAUUAUUUGCACUCACUCUUGCAAUUGGAGAUAUUUUAUUUGUUUAUUUAUUUUUAGAAGAAACUUUACCAGAAUCUAAACGAAAUAAAAAAACAAGUUUAAGUAGUGCAUCAGAUUAUGUUAACCCUUUCAAAUUAUUCAGAUUUUCAACAGUAAAAAAUAUUUCAUCGACAGAUUCUAAAAAUAUACAGAGAAUUGGAAGUUUAUAUUUUAUUUACAUGUUUUUAUAUUCUGGGUUGGAAUUCACCUUACCUUUUCUCUGUCACAAUAGAUUCCAGUAUGACAGUAUUCAACAAGGAAAAAUGUUUUUCUUUAUGGGUGCAGUUAUGGCCCUUGUUCAAGGCGGUUAUGUACGAAGAGUUACACAAGAAAAACAACAGAAAGUUGCUAUUCAAGGAAUGAUUAUAUUAAUACCAGCCUUUAUAAUAAUGGCCUUUGCCUUUUCUACAACACUAAUGUAUAUCGGCCUUGUUCUCUUCUCUUUUGCAUCAGGAACAGUAGUACCAUGUUUAACAACUAUGAUAUCUAUUAAUGGUGGAAACGAACAGAAAGGUGUUAUAAUGGGAACGUUUAGAUCUCUAGGUGCUCUAGCUAGAGCUGUAGGUCCAGUUGCUGCUUCAAUAGUAUACUGGAGCUUAGGAGCAAAAGUUUGUUAUGUUAGUGGAGGAAUUUUACUCAUUUUACCUGUAUUGCUGCUGAAGAAAUUACGCAAACAAAAGAUAGAAAAGUAAUAAUUGAACAAUAAAUGGCUUUAAGUCACAAGAAAUACAUAUCUAAAAUACAAGCUAUAUUUGAUACAUACACAAUCAAUCAAAAAACAAAAGAAUAACAGGAUCAAAUUUUAAGGCACAUUAUCAAAAUACUAAAAUAAGCAAAAUUUUUAUCAGAGAUAGAAGAAAGGAUCCACAAAAUUUUAGAAUUUGAUUAUCCUGUUCUAGUACUAUCAUUUAAGUAGAUGAUAUUACUAAGAAUAAGAGAUUUUUUGGUUGCUAAUCUCAAUUCUUUUAUAAAAGAGAGUUACAAUUUUUAUACGCCCAUAUUGAAAUGUGUUUGUAUAUUGUCGUUGCCCCCGUCUGUUAGUCCGAUUGUCGGUCUGGCUGUUCAGCCGUCGGUUGGUCCGGCGUCCACAAUUGCUUGUGGAAGCUCGAGGCUAAAGUGAAUAUCCGAUUGACUUUAAAUUUAUACAGUGUUUAAGGUCAUGAGACGAAGAAGCCUAUUGAUUUGCAACGAUUACCGAUAAUUACUGCCUGAGUUAUGGCCCUUCAUCACUUUAAAAAAUCUUGUGUAUGCUCUAGAGGCUAAAGUUAAUAUCCGAUUGACUUUAAAUAUAUAGACAUGAGACAAAGAAGCCUAUUGAUUUUCAACAAUUUCCAAUUAUUACUGCCAGAGUUAUGGCCCUUGAUCACUUUGAAAAAUCUUGGGGAUGCUUUAUGACCAUAGUUAUCAUCUGAUUGAUUUUAUAUUUAUACACUGUGUUUACGCCUAUAUAUAAUUGUUUAGAUUGACCUUGGCUUGAUACACAGAGUUUAAGGUCUUGAAACGAAUAAGUAUAUUGAUUUUCAAUGGUUUUUGAUAAUUGGAACAGCUAAAUCCAUGAUAUUAAAUGUUUUGUAUACUCAACGUUAGCAUGGGCCAAACAAAUUCUAAUGAUUUUCUGAUAAUUACUUAAUGAGUUGUUACUCUAAAAUCAGAUUUUAGUGUAUUAUAAAUGUUUCAUUACCGACAAAAGUAAAAAUAUGUGACAACUCUUGUUGACUGCUCGGACGAUUUAGCUGCUGUGGGCAUAUAUUUCGUUGCCUGGCAACUAUCUUUGGAAUUCAUAUCAAGCAACCUAUAUCUUUGGAAUUCAUAUCAAGCAACCUAAUUGUUUUGGUUAUUUUAUACAAAUGUAUUUAUAGCAAAAUAUUUGUAUACAUGUAUAUUGAUUAAAUAAAACGAAAUUACAGAGUUUGUAAUUGAUUUUAAUUAUACUGUAUUUGAUUGUAUAUUAUAUAAUGAUGUUAUUAUAGAAAUAAUAUAUUAACAGCAAAGAGAUUAAAUUUAAAAAUAUAUGUCUGAUUAAUUGUCUCAGAAUAAUUUACCUUGAAAUUGGCCACUGCAUGAUAAUAAUAAAAACUCAUCAAGAAAAUAACAUUUAGCAAAGACAGGAAGUCUUUCAAAUGGUUGAUUUACAUAUAUGUAUCACAAUUAGAAUAAUACAGACUGUUUUAUUCGUUAAACAUCGAAAAACUUGUUGUGAAUUUGAAACAUUAAAUAAAUUUAAUUAGAUAUUCAGAAAUUUAAUUUGCAUAAUUCUUUGAUUAUAUUGUUAUUAUUGAAUCUGAUUAGAAACAUUAAUUAAAUUGAUUGUUAUAAUAAAAAUUUUGAUAUUCAGAAAUUUAAAGUGCAUAAUUAGACAAAAAAUGUUCUUGUUUUAUACACAAAGUAAUUCAUUAUUUGUAGUGCUGGUAAUCAGUUUUCUUACAAUUGAUUUGUUGUGUGAGUAUGGUUAAGAUUCUUUUGGAAGAAAUUAUAUCUUAACUGAUGGAGAAUGUCUCUUGUUAUAAAGUUGAAAGUUAUAUAUAUUUGUAUUCCAGGAGAGAGAAUUUAUUAAUUAAAAUAAUUGUUACAGAUAUCAUUGUUAUAGCAUGGACAGUUUGUUACGUUUAUGUAUAAAAUUUAAAUAUUAUUUUACUGUAUAAUGUUGUAAUUUUACCUUUUUGUAAGCUUUUUUUCACCGUCAAAAUUUAUGAGUAUCUUAAAUACAUUACUUGAAAUUAUAUAAAUUAUGUAAAUAUCCUUGAUUUGGUGCAUCAAAAAUGUAAAUUAAUAUAAAGAAUUAUUUGAAGAUCAUUAUGGUCAGGUCAGUGUUGUUGAUUUGUAAUGAGCCUUGAUUGUAAUGUUGGGCUUAGUCACAAGCUUUUGACACAGUAAAGAUGACCCCAGGUCGCCUUGAAUAAUGCCAUUGAAUAUAAUACUCCAAAUUUAUGUCUAUUUUUAGUAAUUUUAUGUUGAUUGAUGACUUAUAUAAACAGUGAGAGAAAAAGUGCUUUGUUUCUGGUUUUGUUUUUUUUGGUAUAAAAAAUAUUUACACAUGUUUUAUAUGUCAAAUAUAGACAACAAGUUUUAAAGCUGUUAGUAAUGUUAAUGGCAACAUUUGGUGAAAUCUUGUAACUUUUUUUACUCUUUUAAUUUUAUUUCCAUGACAUAUUUGUACUAAACAAUUGAGCUUUUUCAUAUACUGAUAUUUACACAUUUAAUUGUUGAUCAAUUGUCUUGAAUUUAAAAAAGAAAUUCUAGGUUUUUUGGUACAUUGACAAUUUUGUACUAUUUAAUUAACAGUACAUUAAAUUACUUUUCAUUUUAGUUUUUUUUACAUGUGUAACCGGCUUAUGGGUGUGGAAAAUAAAGUUAUAUAUUU